AUGUACGGAACAUCAACAGGCCCUCAGACGGGCAUAAAUACUCCACGUUCAUCACAAUCGCUGCGACCGCUGAUAUUGACUCAUGGUUCACUUGAAUUCUCUUUUCUAGUGCCAACCUCACUCCAUUUUCAUGCCUCGCAAUUGAAAGAUACCUUCACAGCUUCACUACCGCAGCCGACAGAUGAGCUUGCUCAAGACGAUGAACCUUCCUCAGUAGCAGAACUUGUGGCCAGGUAUAUUGGACACGUUGCGAAUGAGGUUGAGGAGGGUGAGGAUAGUGCACAUGGGACGUAUCUAGAGGUUCUGAAGCUUGCUCUUAAUGAGUUUGAACGGGCAUUUAUGCGUGGAAAUGACGUUCACGCAGUUGUCGCAGGACUCCCUGGGAUAAUAGCGAAGAAAAUUUCAGUUGUACAGGCAUACUAUGCAGGUAGAGCAGCCGCUGGGCGUCCCACCAAGCCGUAUGACUCGGCGUUGUUUCGAGCUGCCUCGGAUGAGAAGGCAAGCAUUUACACCGUCUUUGGAGGGCAGGGCAAUAUCGAGGAGUAUUUCGAUGAAUUGAGGGAAAUCAAUACCACCUAUUCGUCCUUCGUUGAUGACUUGAUCUCCUCUUCAGCGGAGUUGUUGCAAUCUCUAUCCCGUGAACCCGAAGCCAACAAGCUUUAUCCCAAAGGCCUCGACAUUAUUCAAUGGCUCCAAGAUCGCGAUUCCCAGCCUGACACAGACUAUCUCGUAUCGGCUCCUGUGAGUCUGCCAUUGAUUGGUCUGGUUCAGCUGGCACAUUUUAUGGUCACUUGCAAGGUCCUUGGCAGAGAGCCCGGUGAAAUUCUGGAAAGAUUUAGUGGAACAACAGGUCACUCGCAGGGAAUUGUUACCGCUGCUGCUAUUGCAUCCACAAACACAUGGGAAAGUUUUGAGAAGGCCGCUAAAAUCGUAUUGACAAUGCUAUUUUGGAUCGGCCUUCGCAGUCAACAAGCGUAUCCUCGCACAUCCAUCGCUCCCUCCGUGUUGCAAGAUUCCAUCGAGAAUGGAGAAGGCACCCCUACUCCCAUGCUUUCAAUUCGUGACCUUCCAAGAUCUGCUGUUCAAGAGCAUAUCGAUACCACAAAUCAGCAUCUCCCGGAGGACCGCCAUAUCUCUAUUUCUUUGGUCAAUAGUGCUCGUAAUUUUGUGGUCACUGGGCCACCACUCUCUCUCUACGGUCUUAAUUUGCGUCUACGAAAAGUUAAAGCCCCUACUGGAUUGGACCAAAACCGUGUUCCUUUCACACAACGGAAGGUCCGAUUCGUCAACCGAUUCCUUCCAAUCACGGCCCCAUUCCACAGCCAGUAUCUCAUUUCAGCAUACGAUCGCAUUCUAGAAGAUCUAGAAGAUGUGGAGAUCUUAGCCAAAUCACUAAAUAUCCCUGUCUAUGGUACCAAGAAUGGGAAUGAUCUGAAGAAGCUUGGUGAUGCAAAUAUAGUUCCCGAGCUGGUUCGCAUGAUAACACAUGAUGCGGUGAACUGGGAGCAGGCAACUGUAUUUCCAGGAGCCUCCCACAUCAUUGAUUUUGGACCGGGCGGGAUCUCUGGUCUUGGAGUGCUCACGAACCGUAACAAGGAUGGUACAGGUGUCCGUGUUGUACUUGCUGGAGCCAUGGACGGUACCAAUUCAGAAGUUGGCUAUAAGCCAGAACUGUUUGAUCGUGACGAACACUCCGUCAAGUUCGCCAUAGAUUGGGUUAAGGAGUAUGGACCUCGCCUGGUGAAAAACAUGACUAGCGAGAUUUUCGUCGACACUAAGAUGAGCCGUAUCCUAGGAAUUCCUCCCAUAAUGGUUGCUGGGAUGACCCCAACUACCGUUCCAUGGGAUUUCGUGGCCGCAACUAUGAAUGGAGGUUACCACGUUGAACUCGCGGGUGGUGGUUAUUAUAGUGCCAAGACGUUGACUGAUGCAAUUACCAAGAUAGAAAAGGCCAUUCCACCUGGCCGAGGUAUCACUGUCAACUUAAUUUACGUUAAUCCUCGUGCCAUGGCAUGGCAGAUCCCAUUAAUUGGAAAAUUACGGGCCGAUGGUGUGCCAAUUGAAGGUCUUACGAUUGGUGCCGGAGUACCAUCUAUUGAAGUUGCCAACGAAUAUAUCGAAACUCUCGGCAUCAAACAUAUAGCAUUCAAGCCAGGCUCAGUUGACGCAAUCCAGCAGGUUAUCAAUAUCGCGAAGGCAAACCCUAAAUUUCCAAUUAUUCUACAAUGGACUGGAGGCCGUGGUGGUGGUCACCAUUCAUUUGAAGACUUUCAUCAGCCCAUUUUGCAAAUGUAUAGCCGUAUUAGACGUUGCGAAAACAUUGUUCUUGUUGCUGGCAGUGGCUUUGGCGGCUCCGAAGAUACGUACCCAUAUCUUUCGGGAACUUGGUCGUCCAAAUUUGGGUAUCCCCCCAUGCCUUUUGACGGUUGCUUAUUCGGUAGCCGCAUGAUGAUUGCAAAAGAAGCACAUACUUCGAAAAAUGCGAAGAAGGCAAUUGCAGAUGCUCCUGGCUUGAAUGAUCAAGAUUGGGAGAAAACAUAUAGCGGACAAGCAGGUGGUGUUGUCACGGUCCUCUCAGAAAUGGGAGAGCCAAUCCACAAGCUCGCUACCAGAGGUGUCAUGUUCUGGCAUGAAAUGGAUCAAAAGGUUUUCAAACUUGACAGAUCAAAGCGUGUCCCUGAACUAAGGAAGCAACGGAACUACAUUAUCCAAAAGCUGAAUGAUGAUUUUCAAAAAGUCUGGUUCGGCCGCAAUGCUGCUGGGGAGACAGUUGACCUGGAAGACAUGACAUACACAGAGGUUGUUCACCGCAUGGUGGAUCUAAUGUAUGUCAAGCAUGAAUCACGAUGGAUUGAUGAUUCGCUAAAGAGGCUGACCGGUGACUUUAUUCGACGGGUUGAGGAGCGGUUUACUGUUUCCGAGGGCCAGCCUUCUCUGCUCCAGAAUUAUUCAGAGCUUAAUACCCCCUAUCCAGCCAUCGACAACAUCUUGGCCACAUACCCUGAAGCAGCUACCCAGCUGAUUAAUGCUCAAGAUGCUCAACACUUUCUCCUACUAUGCCAAAGACGUGGGCAAAAGCCAGUGCCUUUUGUUCCGGCGCUGGAUGAUAACUUUGAAUAUUGGUUCAAGAAGGACUCUCUAUGGCAAAGCGAGGAUUUAGAGGCUGUCGUAGGCCAGGAUGUCGGGAGAACUUGCAUUUUGCAAGGGCCAAUGGCUGCCAAAUUUUCCAAUGUUAUUGACGAACCCGUCAGAGAUAUCCUGGAUAACAUUCACCAGGGACACAUCAAGAGUUUGAUCAAAGAUAUUUAUGCUGGUGACGAGACAAAAAUACCCCAAGUUGAAUACUUUGGAGGGCAUGUCAACGAGACUGCUGACGAGCCGGAAAUUGACGGCCUUACAAUUUCCACAGACACACACAAGGUCACCUAUAGGUUGUCUACCUCCCCUUCUGCAGACCUGCCUAGCCUUGAGCGCUGGCUAUGUCUUCUUGCUGGCACAUCCUACUCCUGGAGGCAUGCCAUCUUCUUGACAGACGUCUUCGUUCAAGGACAUCGCUUUCAGACCAAUCCAAUGAGAAGAAUCGUGGCACCAAUCUCUGGUAUGUAUGUGGAAAUAGCUCAUCCCAAUGACCCUUCGAAGACCUCCAUUGUUGUGAGGGAGCCUUAUCAAUCUGGGAAGCUGGUCAAAACAGUGGAAGUGAAAUUGAACGAAAGCAAGCAGAUCAGCCUUACCUUGUUUGAGGGAAGAACAGCUGAACAGGGUGUUGUUCCUUUGAGUUUCUUAUUUACUUAUCACCCCGAGGCGGGAUACGCACCAAUUAGAGAAGUCAUGGAAGACCGCAAUGAUCGGAUAAAGGAAUUCUACCACCGUGUAUGGUUCGGUAACAAGAAUGUUCCGUUUGAUACCUCGACAACAGCAACUUUUUACGGUGGCCGUGAAACCAUUACAUCACAAGCUGUUGCUGACUUUGUGCACGCUGUUGGUAAUACUGGUGAGGCUUUUGUUGACCGCCCUGGGAAAGAGGUUUUUGCUCCAAUGGACUUUGCUAUUGUUGCAGGCUGGAAAGCGAUCAUUCAGCCCAUUUUCCCUCGCACAAUAGAUGGCGAUUUAUUGAAGCUUGUGCAUCUGUCCAACGGAUUCAGGAUGAUUCCCGGCGCCCAGCCCCUUAAGGUUGGUGAUGUCUUGGACACCACCGCCCAGAUAAAUUCUGUGAUCAAUCAAAACUCUGGGAAGAUGGUCGAAGUUUGCGGUACUAUUCAAAGAGAUGGCAAGCCAAUCAUGCAGGUCACAAGCCAGUUUCUGUAUCGAGGUACCUACCUGGAUUUUGAGAACACUUUUCAACGCAAGGAUGAGGUUCCGAUGCAACUGCACCUCGCUUCUAGCAGAGAUGUGGCUGUCCUUCGGUCAAAAGAGUGGUUCCGUAUGGAUGAACCUGACAUGGAGCUUCUUGGCCAGACUUUAACCUUUCGUCUUCAAAGUUUGAUCAAGUUCAAGAAUCAGUCCGUCUUCAGCCAUGUUCAAACAGUUGGCCAGGUUCUUCUUGAACUCCCCACUAAAGAGAUUAUACAGGUCGCAUCAGUUGACUACGAGGCUGGCGCUUCCCAUGGUAACCCUGUUGUUGACUACCUACAAAGGAACGGAAACUCUAUCGAACAGCCUGUCUAUUUUGAAAACCCUAUUCCCCUCAGUGGAAAGACCCCGUUGGUUCUUCGGGCUCCCACGUCCAACGAGACGUACGCUCGCGUAUCCGGUGAUUACAACCCUAUACAUGUUUCCAGGGUCUUUUCCAGCUAUGCCAACCUACCGGGUACCAUUACUCAUGGCAUGUACACCAGUGCCGCUGUGCGUAGCUAUGUUGAGACCUGGGCAGCUGAAAAUAACAUUGGGCGAGUGCGUGGCUUCCAUGUAUCCCUGGUCGGUAUGGUUUUACCAAACGAUAUGAUAAACGUCAAAUUGCAACAUGUUGGUAUGAUUGCCGGUCGUAAAAUCAUAAAGGUGGAGGCGAACAACAGAGAGACAGAAGACAAAGUGCUUCUGGGUGAAGCUGAAGUGGAACAGCCGGCUACUUCCUAUGUGUUCACAGGGCAAGGUUCGCAGGAGCAAGGCAUGGGAAUGGAGCUUUACAGCAGCAGUCCUGUUGCUCGAGAAGUUUGGGAUCGGGCAGACCGCCAUUUCAUCGAGAAUUAUGGCCUCUCUAUCAUCGACAUUGUGAAAAACAACCCCAAAGAGCUUACUGUCCAUUUUGGUGGCCCACGUGGUAAGGCUAUUCGCCAAAAUUAUAUGUCUAUGACAUUCGAGACUGUGAAUGCAGAUGGAUCAAUCAAAUCUGAGAAGAUAUUCAAAGAGGUUGAUGAAACCACGUCAUCUUACACCUAUCGGUCUCCAUCAGGGCUUCUAUCUGCAACUCAGUUCACGCAACCAGCUCUUACUCUGAUGGAGAAGGCUAGUUUUGAAGAUAUGCGCGCCAAGGGUCUUGUCCAGAGAGAUAGCAGUUUUGCGGGCCACUCACUUGGUGAAUAUUCGGCGCUCGCUGCAUUGGCUGAUGUCAUGCCUAUAGAAAGCUUGGUCUCUGUGGUUUUCUAUCGUGGCUUGACUAUGCAAGUUGCUGUAGAAAGAGAUGAGCAAGGUCGCUCCAACUACUCUAUGUGCGCUGUCAAUCCAAGCCGCAUUUCAAAAAGCUUCAAUGAGCAGGCUCUACAGUAUGUGGUCGAGAAUAUCUCUGAACAAACAGGUUGGUUAUUGGAAAUCGUCAAUUACAAUGUUGCAAACAUGCAGUAUGUCGCUGCUGGUGAUUUGCGUGCACUUGACUGUCUUACAAAUCUGCUUAAUUAUUUGAAGGCUCAAAAUAUUGAUAUCCCUGCUCUUAUGCAGAGCAUGUCACUGGACGACGUCAAAGCCCACCUGGUCAAAAUUAUCCAUGAAUGUGUCAAGCAAACAGAGUCCAAAACUACACCAAUUUCACUUGAACGGGGCUUUGCAACCAUUCCUCUUAAAGGGAUUGAUGUUCCUUUCCAUAGCACUUUCCUCCGUUCUGGUGUAAAGCCUUUCCGAUCAUUCUUGUUAAAGAAGAUUAACAAGACUACCAUUGACCCUAGCAAGCUGAUUGGGAAGUAUAUUCCAAACGUCACUGCACGGCCAUUUGAGAUCACAAAGGAAUACUUUGAGGAUGUGUAUAGGCUUACAAACUCACCUCGUAUUGCUCAUAUAUUGGCAAACUGGGAGAAGUUUGAAUGA